AUGACAUCAUUGGGUAUUAGAAAAGUCCUUGACCUCAACCACGGAAAAUUGAGCAAGGCAUUGACGAGCCUCCCGAAACGCGAUGAACAUGUUAAAAGCGUAGACGAAUUGGACUCGCGGAGAGAGAAGAACGACACCCCAUCCAAAGUCGCACUAGAAGAAAUGGUCGCACCUACGGUUAUGAGAUCCUCUAUCCAUUUACCAACAUUGAAAUUACCACAAUUCAACGGCGAUCUGUUAAAAUGGCCUGAAUUCUGGGCGAGAUUCCAGGCAGAAGUAGGAUCUCAGACCAUUCCAGAGGUCACGAAAUUGAAUUAUUUGCUUAAUUGCCUUGUCGGAGCAGCCAAGGCGACAGCCUCAGGAUAUGCAAUAAUCCCUGAGAAUUAUGAAGUUGUCGUAACAGUGCUCCAACAAAGAUACGGAGAUGAAAACCUAAUAAAGAAGCAUCUCCAGAGCGAAUUAAAGCAUUUACCGACAGCCCAAUUCAAAAACCUUCGACCCAACAUAGAAAAAAUGGAGGUCAUCCUCAGAUAA